UCCCGGGUGGCUGAGGAUGCCAUUCUGCUUGAUCUGCAGAGGGCCGUGCCCCGGAACGUGAAUACAUCUUCUGGCCGACGUCAUCAGGGAUCAAUUCGCAAUAAAAGUUUCCUCCCUCUUUUUUUUGAGCGACGUUCAGGACUCUAGGCCCGUGGGGGGGUCGAAGGGAUGCUCUAUCUGGAUGAGAGACGGUCCGUGGACACACUCUUGCGUCUCCGAUAUCAAAUACAAACGUUGCAUGUGGUUUGGUGGAUGGAGGGCGGAUUAAGUCGCUGACGAGUCGUUUUCUGACGUAGGAUCCCCGUUGUUGGAGCAUCAAGCGUCCAAUGUGCUCGUCAGCAACAGGCAUCGAGGCAUGUCUGAUGGGUCAGGGUCCAGUGGGACCUUUUGAUUGGCCACUGCGGGCGUGGGAGACCCGAUGGACAGGAACGACAGCGCGGUGGAUGAAAUUCUAAAGCGUUACGCGUUAUCGUGUCGACACUGAAUCGACCACGUUCUGUCUGCUAUUUUUCCUUGCUUUUUUUGCAUUACGUGGAGAUUUCCAACCCAGGGGACAUUUGGCUGGCGAAAUUUCCCCCAAAAAUCGUGUUUUGUUUUUUGCAAAUAUAGCCGAGGGGUUGACAGAGGCGCGCAAUGGGGACCCAGGUAAACGGGAGGAGGAGGAUCCCUAACCGGGAGAAGCUGACUGCAGAGGACGAUGCCUUGAACCAAAUCGCUCGGGAGGCGGAGGCCCGGCUGGCGGCCAAGCGGGCGGCCCGGGCGGAGGCCCGUGAGAUCCGGAUGAAGGAGCUGGAGCGACAGCAGAAGGAGAUGUAUAACUCUCAGAAGAAGUAUUAUGGUCUGGACAGCAAGUGGCGUCAUAUUGAAAAGUGGAUGGAGGAGAGCGAGAGGUACUCUCACCCUUCAAGAAGACAUACCUCGAUCUCAGACGAUGAGGAAAGGAUGUCGGUUGGAAGCCGGGGAAGCUUCAGGGGGGCGCCGGUCUCGGAGCUCCACUGCAGCAGCGGUAGCUUGCCCUCUCUCAGACACCAAAGCUCGGCUCACAACGGACGGCCUUCCAUGCUAUUUGGCGAAGGCCCUCGCUCUCAAGGUCAAAGGCCUUCAGACUACAGUGGCUUUCUCGGCUCCAGCUCUCGGGCCUCUUCCAGGGCCAGCUCAGCACGUGCCAGCCCAGUGGUGGAAGAGAGACCUGAGAGGGAUUUUCUGGAUAAAGGCUCCAGAACAGCUUCCACCCUAUCAGCAGCCACGCUGGCCUCGCUGGGCGGGCCUUCGUCCCGCAGGGGCAGCUGUGAUACGUCAUUCUCUGUGGAGACGGAGGCGUCCAUCAGGGACAUAAAGGACUCUCUGGCGGAGUCGGAGGAGAAGUACCGCAGAGCCAUGGUGUCCAACGCCCAGCUACACAACGAGAAGUCCUACCUCAUGUACCAGGUGGACACGCUGAAGGAGGAGCUGGCCGACAUGGAGGAGCGGCUGUGGGAGAAGCACCGCGAGCACGGCGACAAGACCAAGGAGUUGGACAGGGAGAGACACGCCCACGGCAUCCUGCAGUUCAAGUUCAAGAACGUGGAGCAGACCCUGAGACAGAGCGAAGAACUGCUAAACGAGGUGGCUCAGCUGCGUCUCGCGAGAGACGGCAGUGCCAGAGAGAUCACUGACCUCCAGGAAACCUUGGAGUGGAAGGAGAAAAAGAUAGCGGCCCUCGAAAGGCACGUUGAGUUUUCAGACUCUGUGCGGGGAGAGCGAGACCAGCUUAGGGGGGAGGUGGUUCGACAUAGAGGUUUGCUCAAGAAACAUGGAAUAGAGCUGUCACCAGAGAUUACCACCAAUGGUGAUGCAGGCCAGAUGGGGACCGAUGGCACGGACUCACAGGAAAUCCUUGCUGGGGGUGGAGAGAGCACGCUUGGCAGCAUACAAGAGCAGCAGACAGAUUUCAACUCGGGCCGAGCACCAACAGGCAGUAGUGACCAUGUGACGGAAAACUUAACCGAUAAUAUCUCCCCUAAAGUACAUGACGCUUCCCCAUCAACUCCCUGUUCCCUAGUCGGGGAAUACACCGGAAUAGACGCGAGAUCAAAGAUAGGGAUGGAAAGCCAUUCGAGCAGAAGAGUGAGCAAGGAAAAGUACCCCGUAGGACCGGACAGACGCGGUGGAUAUCCAAUCAAAACCGAGGGAAGAGCAAAGCAGCCAAUCAGAAAUGAACCCGCCCCUUACCAUCUGACUGAGGGAGGUAAAGAGUACACGAUCCAAACUGACAGGGCCAAAGGACUGAGUACUUGCAACAGGACAGACUCAAAUGUGCAGCCUCACAAUGACAAAUAUACAAAGUUUACCUGGAAUCAUCUCGUCGAGAGGGCAAACAAGGAGUCACUUAGCCCCGAGAGGCUCUCUAGAAACAAAGCAGCUGAAUUCUGUUUUGGAGGAACCAAUUUACAUGCAGCGUCAAACUCAAACAAAAUGGAUCCGUCAUGUGAUGGGAAUUACUACGAGCAUCCAAUGAAGGCCCAUAAAUCAGGGCUUGUUUCUCCUCUGUCUGCGGAGGCUGGCUUCCUCCAGAGCAAAGCAGUGGCGUUGAAUGGGUCUUCUGGCAAACAACAUUUACUAAGUGGGGAGAAUGAAAAGAAUCGGCUUGCAGUCACAACUGUACCCUUGACUUAUAAAGCCAUUUUGCAUCCCUGUUUUCAUUUAAAAGUAAACGGCGUGCGCAAAGAUAAACAGGAAACAAGAAAUGAGGUAGAAAACAAUGCUGGAAAUAUUCAGCAUGACAAAACAAGUGAUUUCGAUUGUUUUACAUACACACAAGACACGGAAGGUGGGGAGAAGGUUGUCAAUCGGGAAAAGGCCGUUCUUUGUACUUGUAUCCCUGUUGAAAAUCAAGAACAAAAUAAUGGACCAACGGUUGAAGAUUAUAACGCUCCCAUACCUAACAGAGAGUGCUGCUCUUCUGAGGAGGAAGCAGACCUGGAUCAGGAAACCACGGGGGAACCAAAGACUCAAAUAGAACGAACAGCGCCUCUCCUCAUUGGACUGGAACCCUUUGGAGAAUCAGGCCAGAGGAGGGGAAGGCAUUGCGAUUUUGGAUCAACUCUUGAAAUAACCUUAGAGGAAGAGUGCCCACUUGUGAAGAAUGAGAGUCUUUGGGACAUGGGUGGGAUUUGGUCCGGAUCAAGAAGUCAAACACACACAAAUAGCACCGUAACUGAUGAUGCCGUGUUUGUAGAACAUCCUGAUCCAACCGGUGUAGACGGUUCCACGCUUGGAGGGGAAAGCCGUCGGGCAAAGCUGAGUGAGAUACAGUUAACCACUCCAUGCGAUCUCCCGUAUCAGCCUGAUGCUUCUAAGUUGUACCAAGCAGACAAUAGUCCACAAACAUUCAAGGGCGAAAAGAGGUCUGAUGGAGGUAUAUCACAACGGAAGGAGCAUGCUAGCAAAGAGGGUAAAGUGGAGUUCCUUAUACAUGGAUCCGGACCACAAGACCAAGAACUUCCUAGAAGUGGAGACUUGCACUCAGGGAAUAGCAGGGAUGCUCCCACAGAGGAUCUGUGGCUGUCACGGGGCGCAAGCGCUGACGCACGUUCGCAAUGUCCAAGGAACAGGGUUGAGGUAGGCUCUUCCAAGCCAAUUGUCUUGUCCUCCUCUCCUACAGAGAUGUGUUACGCUGCCGCUCUCGGGGAGGCUGUUCAGGGCAUGAUGAAAGGGUUCAUGGAUGAUCGCCACAUGGCUGCAAAGAUCUCCAAAAUCCUCCCUCAGGUACCACUCUUAUUCCAGCAGUGGCUAUUGACUCUAGAGGAUAUACAGGAGAACCACACAGAGAAUUUGGAGGAUAUACGGGAGAACAAAGCAGAGAAUGUGAAGGACAUACAGCAGAACCACAUGGAGGAUGUAGAGGAUAUACAGGGGAAUAACAUGGAGAAUUUAGAGGACAUACAAGGGAACCACACGGAGAAUGUAGAGGAGACCACCGUCGGUCAGGGUCCUUUGGGUGACUUGAAGGGGCCCUUGUGUGAUGCAAGUCAUACCCUGGAUGGCUUUCAAAUGGCAACACAUGCACUUGUAUUAAAGGACUUACCUUAUAUGAGGGGAGCCCCUUCCUGUCCGUUUCAGCAGGGAUCUCCAAUCACCGACACCAUGGAACAUAGCGCUACUCGUGUGAAGAGGAUUAACUCCACAGAGUACCAAGAACCUCCGGUCCCCGUUUUGCACAACAGUGAAUUAUUGUCCCAUGUUGCCACAGUGGAGAUGAGAUCCACAACGAAAUACACCCGUAACUUAUUUGGAGUCAUCGGUGGAGUCCGGCAGAAGAGUUCGAGGGUUAUGAGAAAUGGCAACCAAGAAGUUGAAAGAACCCCCUUGAGGGGCGGACCCAGAGUAGAGCUAGAGCUUUUAGGAGCGGAAGACCCCGGGAAUCAGAAACCCCAGGGGGAGUUAAAGACAGCGACCGAUUGUGACGAGAUGGUCCCCACAGACUCUUCAUCAAAGACCGACGUUUGGUCCGAAGGUCAGGAAACCAAACCCAAACGGCACAGAUUCCGACUGAUAACGUCCAAACAUGUUGGACAAAGGCCACAAAGGGCAAAGAGUGGUAUAGAAAUGCUCGUCUAUGAAUUUCAGGAAAUGGUCAUUCCGGAAAUUCAGGAAAUGGUCAUUCCGGAAUUGGCCAUGAUAAACCGUCCCCUUUGUGAGAAACACUUGAAAGAGUGUCAAAAGGCAGCUGGGAUAACCGCACACCCAUCAAGGCUAAGUAACUGGCAUUGCAAAGAAGAUUCCAUUGGAUUACUGGACAGUUGUGUGGAAGCUAACUUGCUAGCUGGAACAGAGGCGACAGCAAAACACAGAUCGACAGCACAGCUGGAGCUAACCAUAUUACAGCCGAUAGUAGAGGUCUUUGUUCAAGAAGGAGAAACCUCUCUGGUGCCAGUGUGUGUUAAACAACAGCAAGGAAGGAAGGGCCUUCCUUAUAACGAGAGAAGAAACCAAAAGGGCUGCAGCAUAUCCUAGACGUACACAUCGGUCAAUAUGUGUCAUCGAUACAAUAUACGAUACGAUACAACUUUAUUAAUUUAUUGUUUAAUUAAUUGUAUGGAUUUCAAAGGAGGUUUGAACAAUAAAUAAUGCACAGUGUGUGUGUGUGUGUGUUGUGCUAAUUUAAUUUUAAAAACCUUUCAUCAAUCAUUAGUUUGAUGUCUAAGUGUUGUAUCAGUGAGACUAUCAUAAUAUGUUUGUUUUGUUUGUAUCAUGUGUUUAUUUUGAUUUUCAAUAAAUAAAAAAAUAAGAACAAAUGUGAAUGUCUGUGUGCAUUUGUGCAACAAAUUCUUCAAGUUCCUAGUUUGCUGUUUAAUGUGGAUAUUUCUUCAUUUGAUAUUAAUUAAUGUUAUUAAAUGCAAUGAACACAAAUGAAAUUAUGACCACUUAGAGAAGGAUUAAUGAGGGACGUAAAUUAAGACAGCAGCUGUCUGAACCUAGCUGAAGGAUUGGUCACCCAAAUUGUACUUUGAUUAUAACAUUGAACAAAGUUUAUUGUAAAAACAAGUGGUCCAGCUCUCUCACAUCAUAUGAACGUGGUAAGGUCAACCGGUCUCUCAUUCUAAUCACAAUCAGAACAAAUCAAUCUCAUGAUUCAUGGCGUUACACUCAUGCAUGGCUCAUAAUAAACACUUAUGAAUGUGUUUGAUGAUUUCUGGUACCUUUUAAUUAAUUGAUUCUAUCAAUUUAUAUUGUGAUCUUUAAUACCAAUUGCAGGAUUUUCUAAAUUUGCAUGGUGCGUUUCAUAAUGUACUGUAAUGCAUCUACAUGUAAAUUGUUGAAUCACACACCUGAUGUCUUCUUAUCAUUAU